AUGGAAGAGAAGCGAAUCACUCUCCAACAACAAUUUCGAGCUUUAGAUGAUAAACAACGUUCAUGGUCAGAAUGGAGACGUACUAAUGAAUCAUACAUACAACAUACAGGGUAUGACAUUGGACAAAUACAACAACUAUAUUCUAUGUGCGAAGAAUCGCUUGUACGUUAUCGAUCUCAUAUAAAAGAACAACGUACAGACGAUACCAUCACACGAUAUCUUUCUCCUAUCAAUUUACUUGUGGUUACAUUAUGGUAUUUAAAACAUUAUCAUUCUGAACGUUAUAUUUCUACAGAAUUAAAUUUGGGUCCAUCAAUAGUGAAUUAUUUUCUAAGAGAGGUUAUUUAUAUUUUAUACUCCUGUGUAUAUCCGGAAUU